AUGGAACUUCCCACAAUUAUCAAAGGAGUUUGCUUCUUCCUUCAAACAAGUACUGGUAUUCUGGGCAAUAUAAUAAUCCUUAUGUGCUAUGCACACAUUGCCUUCAAUGAACGGAAAUUGAUGCCCAUUGACAACAUUACAUCCCACCUUGCUUUUGUUAACAUGAUAGUGCUACUUACAAGUGGAAUUCCACAGACGAUGACUUCUUUUGGAUUACAGAAUAUUUUAAACCACCAUGGCUGUGUCUUUGUCAUUUUUGUCUAUGCAACUGUAAGAGCUCUUUCAGUGUGUGUCACUUGCCUUUUAAGCUUGUUUCAGUCUGUUACCAUUGCCCCAUCAACCUGCAGUUGGGCCUGCCUCAAAAUUAAAAUCCCACAAUACCUUAUGCCAUGUUCAUUCAUACUCUGGGUGGCAAAUAUGGUUAUGUGUUGUGGCCUGCUCUUCUAUACCACUGUGCCUCAAAAUGGAACAGUUCCAAAAUAUACAAUCAGUACAGGGUACUGCUAUUUAAAGUUUCCUGAUGAGGUUGUAUAUAAAUUCUAUGGGGCUCUGUAUACAGGGCGAGAUGCUACAAUUGUGUGUGUGAUGGUUAUGGCAAGUGCUUAUAUUUUAUUGACACUGUAUAGACAUAACAGACAAGUUAAGAGCAUAAGAAGCUCAAGCCCAAGUAAAAAAUCUACAGCAGAGGUGAAAGCUGCUGAAAUUGUCAUAUGUUUAGUAAUACUUUAUGUCAUGUUUUAUGGGAUUGAUAACAUAAUUUGGAUAUACAUGUUAAUUAAAACAUCUGCAUCUUCUGAAGUUGAAUAUUUAAGAGCAUUCUUUUCUUCUAGCUAUGCAUCUCUAAGUCCUUUUCUAAUUAUUAGUUUUAAUAAGAAGAUUCAGAAGAACCUUUGCAUUAAAACUAGAAGGGUAGAACACUCAAGAAUAUAUUUGAAGGUGACAAGCUUUCUGACAGAUCUAAGGAUCACCUGGCAGCUAUCCACAAAAAGUGUAGCACUAAUGCACUAG